AUGAACUUUCUAGCUCUUUUUGUGACCUUAAUUUGCGCAGUCGAAGCUGGUAUCAACAGGGAAAUCCUCACCAAAGCGAAGAUCGAGGGACGAAAGUUCACAUGCCCCAAUGGCAUGGAAAAACUCGACCACUUCGAGCAUAUCUGCGUCCCAGAAUGCCCCAAAGUCUUCGGAGGAAAGACCAUUCGCCAUUGCAACAGAAAGGAAAAGAAAAUUCACCAGAGACGUUUUCUCUACUACCACCUUAGCAUGAAUUGGAGCAAUGACGAAUUAAUGCGAAAAUAA